GGCUCCAGCGUGAAUGUCUGUCGAAUAUCCGACUUAAAACUAACUUCACCGCAGUUAAACUUUGGCAUUUAUAAUCAUUAACACUGUCAAAAGUUUCCAGCAACACUAACGUUAACUGGUGUCAAUGUGUAUUACACUUAAUCAUCCUCUGUAGAUUUGUAUUUACCCGACGUGGACUGGGACAUACAUGUUCCAUGGCAUGACGUUCCUACUGUUAAUGCUUCUGAUUGGCGUUACCAUGGAGAGCGUUGCCAAGUGACGCUUGGUGAUAUCCAGAAUGGCGUUGUCCUUGUGCUAGCACGUAGCACGAGAAAUGGACGAUAACUUUCAGUUUAGAGAUGCGGGGUCGGUAAGAAACGUCGUUAAGUCUGGACGAAGAGCACGCCUGGCAGCAGACCAGUCAUCGUUUGAAGAUUCCAGAUAUGUAAGGAAGUCCUCCACCUCAGCUGCAAUGGGAGAAGGCCCUCCCCCGAAACCAGCCCGGCGUCAGGGCGGCUGGGCAGAAGAAAGCUCUGGAUCUGGUUCUGCCAAAUCAUCGAGGAGGCCUGCAGCUGAAGACCUUGAAGACCGCCGCCUUCGACCACAAACACCCCAGGGAUCAGAUGAUGAAGGAGAUAUUCCAGUGAUUCCAGACCUUGAUGAAGUGCAGGAAGAGGAUCUCACCAUGCAAAUUGCAGCUCCACCAGUUGUCCAGGUGAAUCGAGUAAUGACCUACAGAGAUCUGGACAACGAUCUAAAGUAUUACUCUGCGUUCCAGACCUUAGAUGGAGAGAUUGACUUGAAGCUCCUCACCAAGGUUUUAGCGCCGGAGCAGGAGGUGAAAGAGGAUGAUGUGCGCUGGGACUGGGAUCAUCUGUUUACAGAGGUGUCCUCAGAGCUGCUGAUGGAAUGGGAUCAAGGAGAGAAUGAGGAGCAGGCUGGGUUGCCUGUAACAUGAGGAGGAGUUUUGGACUGAGACUUUAAAUUACUCCAGUGGGAACUUGGUGAAUGUCCAUAAAACAGAAUGGCCAGUGACUUUGGUUACAGUAUCCUUAAUUACUGUUUCUUAUCGUGAAUUUAUAUCAUGUAAAGUGUGUCUUGUAUUUUCUAAAUAAAAUUCACUGUGUGAUGAACAGUG